AUGCCUCACCUGGCUGCCAAGUUGAUGCUCCUCAUCGUCGCAUCCUUCCGCUUCUUCCUCUACUCGCAGGCCGCAACGCAGCAGCUUCAACGAGCCAGCAGUGCCAAUGAUACCGCAGGCUGCGUGCCAAGCGAGCAGGAUGCCCUCCUGGCGUUCAAGCAAGGCAUCACCAACGACAGCAGCAACCUCCUCGCCUCGUGGCGGCGAGACCAGGAUUGCUGCGGAUGGACCGGCGUCACCUGUAACAACCAAACAGGCCAUGUUGUCGAGCUUGAUCUCAACAGCUUCCUUUUGGUUGGGCAGAUAAGUUCGUCCUUGCUUUCUUUGGGUUAUUUGGAGCACCUCGACCUUGGCACAAAUUUCCUUCAGGGGCCCAACGCUAGUGUGUUCCCGGAGUUCUUGUGUUCUAUGAACAACUUGAGACAUCUUGACCUCUCCUACAUUCCUUUCUCGGGUAGAGUGCCUCCCCUGCUCAGCAACCUUUCCAACUUGGAAUACCUCGACCUGUCCUUUACAUCGUUCUUCGGUAGAAUCCCUCAUCAGCUCGGGAACCUUACAUCAUUGCGACAUCUUGACCUCAGUUGGAUGUAUAAUAGUACAUACUCAACAGAUGUCUCAUGGCUAAGUCGCCUACAUAUGUUGGAGUAUGUUGACAUGAGCAACAUAACUCUCAGCACAGUAACUGAUUUUCCUGAUGUGGCCAACAUGAUUCCAACUCUGAAGCACAUCAUUUUAAUGAAUUGUUCACUUCCAAGUGCAAAUCAGUCGAUCGCAAACCUAAACCUGACCAAACUUGAGGAGCUUGACCUCAGCUGGAACUACUUCGGCCAUCCAAUCUCAUCAUGCUGGUUUUGGAAUGUUACAAGCAUUAAGUCACUCUCCCUAGAUGAAACAUAUCUGUAUGGUUCCUUCCCUGAUGCACUAGGAAGAAUGUUUUCGCUCCAACACCUAGAUUUUUCUUACAAUGGAAAUGCAGCCACAAUGACAGUGGACCUAAAAAAUCUCUGCCAACUGGAAUCUCUAUACCUCGCCAGGAGUCUAUCAUCUGACACAUCCUUGGCAUUUGAUGAGUCUCAAGAUACAUUUUCCCUGGUGACGAAGCAUGAAGUGCUCAAGUAUGGAGCACAUGGGCUAGUUUAUGUGGCUGGAAUUGAUUUGUCAUUGAACCACUUAGCAGGAGGAAUUCCAGAUGAAAUAGCCUCUCUUAGUUUGCUGACGAAUAUAAAUUUGUCAUCGAAUCACUUAAGCGGAAAAAUCCCAAAGAAUAUUGGAUCUAUGAAAUCGUUGGAAUCACUUGACGUCUCAAAGAACAACCUCUCUGGUGAAAUCCCACCAAGCCUCUCAGAUUUAACAUAUCUAAGUUACCUGGAUGUUUCGUAUAACAAUCUUACUGGAACUAUCCCAUCUGGUCGUCAACUUGACACCCUUUACACUGAAAAUCCUUCUAUGUACUACGGAAACAGCGGUCUUUGCGGUCCUCCUCUGCAGAGGAAUUGUUCAGGGAAUGGCACACCAGAGCAUGGGCAUGGCAAUAAUCAGCAAGAAAGUGAAAAAGAUUCCGAUUCAGCGUUCUUUUACUAUGGACUUGGGUCAGGGUUUGAGAUGGUCUUAUUGGUUCUGUUCUGUGUUCUAUUAUUCAAGAAGGCAUGGAGAAUUGCUUAUUUCCUUCUUGUUGAUUUGGUGCACGACAAUGCAUUCGUCUUUCUGGUUGUAACAUGGAGUAGGCUAGCAAGGAGGAACACCAGUAGGAAUUAA